AUGGAAAAUCAAGAUAUCAAACCCGAAGAACCAAUGGCUGUUCCAGAAGAAAUUGUGCCACCACCCCCGCCAAUGGUCCCUGAAUCGAUAGAUAAUUCUAAACCCAUAGAUGUCAAAUCUGGUGCCCUUAAUAGAAUAAUGGAUGAUCAACAAGAUACCACCACUCUGAAAACCACUUCUCCUGCUCCACAAUCUUUAGUCAACCACGAAACCUCGUCAACAACGCCAUCCAAAGAACCAGAGGUCCCACAGUUGCCCGUGGGCGUCAAGCCAAGCCAAGUCAUAGGUGGUGCACCAUUCAGACAAUGGUUGAAUGAAGAAGUCACCCCGUAUCUUUUAGAAGGCAUGAGACAGAUAGCCAAUAAUAAGCCCGAGGAACCAUUAAAGUAUUUGGCGGAAUUUCUAUUGAAAGAGAAUGAGAAGAAGAAGAAGAAGAAGCAGCAAAAAGAAUUGGAGGGAUAA